AUGAAUGGGAACAAAUCGACAGACGGUUUAGAGCCAGAAGAGACCAAGGUGGAUGAGAUAGAACUUGAAGAGAAUGCUUUACGGGAGUCUGAGCAGGAUGCUGAACCAGUGGAUGAGCCCCCUUUCAACGCAAACACCAAGCACGAGCUUAGAGAUGAAGACACCAUUUAUGAGCCGAGAGAGGACGAGGGAAUGACCAGCAACGCGGAUCCGGACUCAGAGGACGACGAUUUUGGCUCCUUCGACGACGCCUCCUUCAACCUUGAGCCCGCUUCUGAAAAAGGUACAAUGCCCGACCCGGGCCCUAUCCAGGAAUCUUACAACACAGACAGUCUCCUCGGGCUUGUGACAAGCCGGAUUCAAAGAAUAUUCUCCGACGCAACAGAACCAUCGCACCCUUCGGUGGCAUAUAACCCUAACUUGGAAUCCCACAUCCUUCUCAACGAGCGCUCUCACGCGUUAUACUCCAGAUUAUCCACCGUCCCGCGAUUGACCCCACAGGACUGGAAGAAAUCCAAGAUCAGAAGACACCUUCUCGUCAACUUGAGCAUCCCCGUGGACCUUGGUGACUCGCACCGGAGAAACAUCGACGAAGAGGACUUGUUCUCGUACACCCAGUACAAAGACCUAAAAUAUGAGGUUCCAGACCUCUCAGACCUCAAGUUGACCGCUAGCGAGCAGGAGGCGAUUCUCGACUCGCCUGAAGCCAGAAUCACGGAAGCCGAAAACAUUUCACAAAAGUCCGUCACGUACCUACAGACAUUAUCGGUAGAGGAGCUUGCCGCGCUUGAAGCCGAGAUGUCUUCCAUCGUAGGGAGCCUCGAAGCGGUGAAUGCAGUAUGGCUAGACCGGCUUAAAAAGUUGAAACACGACAAUACAACCUACGAGAGUGUUGUGGAGAAUUUUGUGGGCCACACCCAGAGACUCACCCGCGAGGAGAUCCUGAAAAAGGUCACACUAGAGAAGCAGAAAAAGAAGCGAAUGGGCUUUUGGGGAAAAUGA